AGACGCCUUGGCCCAUGUGAUUCCAGGGCCCUCGUGCCCAGCCAGAGCCAUACCACUCGUCCUCUCUCCAUCGCGAGGUAACUGCACCCCGUCGCAGUUCUGAACCCAUGGCAAUGCAGCUCGUGCUGGCGGCCCUCCUGGGCCUCUCUGCGUCCGCGGGCGCUGCCAAGAGCGUCGCCAGGAGCCAGGGGCCGGUCCAGAAGAUCACAGACCUGCUUAAGGAGAUGAACGACCAGUUGCAGCUCGACGAGAAGUCGGAGCAGAAGAUGUACGACAAGUAUGCGUGCUGGUGCAAGGACGCCUCCGGCAAGAAGGCCGAGGCCAUCGAGACGGCACAGGCCGAUCUGCGAGAGCUCGGCCAGAGCAUCCUGACGCUCAAGGGUGAGACCGCCACCCUGGCCGCAGAGAUCGCGAAGCUCGAGGCGGACCUGGAGGAGAACGCGAAGCUGCAGGAGGAGGCGACCGCUCUGAGGGCGAAGCGGAACGAGGCGUACCUAGCCUUCACGGCGGAGACGAAGCAGGCGAUGGUCGCCCUGGAGAAGGCCAUCUACGUGCUGAUCAAGGGGGCCACCGCCACCCCUGGCGAGGAGGCCGCACUUCUGCAGACCCAGGGCCGCCAGGUCGUUCAGCACGUCGUGGAGUCCUUGCCGAGCAUGGCCAAUCUCAAGGCCUCUCAGACGGCCCUGCUGGCCGAGUUCCUGAGGGGCGGGUCGAAGUACACCCCUCAGUCCAUGAGCGUCCAGGGCAUCCUCAAGGACAUGUACGCGACCUUCGCCACCGACGUGGAGGAGGCGACCAAAACAGAGGCCGACCAGAACCGCGAGUUCGAGAACCUGAUCGCCACCUUGAUCGAGCAGGCCAACAACUGGAAGGCAGAGAAAGCGGCAAGGGAGGAGCUCAAGGCCGAGAAGGAGUCCACCCUCGCCGACGAGUCCCAGCUGUACGACGAGACCGAGGCGCAGAUGGAGGCCGACAUUGCCUUCUUCGACACCACCGCGAAGGCGUGCGAGGCGAAGCACGCUGAGUGGACCCUGCGGUCAGCCCUGCGAGCGGAGGAGAUGAAGGGCAUCCAGGAGGCCAUCACGCUGCUGUCCACGGACGAGGCCAGGGAGCUGCUGGCCUCCGCGAUCAAGGAGGGCAAGGAGGUUAACGCGGACACGUCCGCCUACGACACGGGCGCGGACACCCUCGGCACGUUCGCGCCGGCGCUCGUGCAGGUCGGCAAGGGCGACUCGCGGAGCCCGGUGCUCAGCGCCUACAAGGCCCUCAAGGAGAAGGCCACAUAUGCGAAGAGCCUCCGCCUCGCGGCGCUCGCGGCGCAGGUUCACGAGGCCAAGGCCGGCCACUUCGAUACAGUCAUCGCGGCGAUCGACAAGACGGUCCAGGACCUCAAGGAAGAGGAGGCCGCGGACAUCGCGAAGCGCGACCAGUGCAAGGAGGAGAUCACGCAGUCGAACUCGACGAUCCUAGACCUUACCUGGAAGAUCAAGUGCAACGAGGCCAAGAUCGACAAGCUCCAGCGAAAGAUCGAGGAGAAGCAGGCGAUGAUCGCGGAGUCCAGGCAGGUGAUCAAGGAGACCUACGCGUACAUGAACGAGACGACGGAAAUCCGCACGCAGGAUAAUGCCGAUUUCAUCCAGGCCAAGAAGACCGACCAGUCUGCCAUCGAGCUGCUGGUGACGGUGCGAGACACACUCUCCAAGUACUACCACCAGAACACAACGGGCUUCGGCACCGUCCAGGGCGCCGUCAAGGGCGCCGCGCUGACUCAGAAGAGGGAUGAACCAGAGUUCAAGGUCUCCGAGUUCGAGGCCCCGGACGCGACCUUCUCCAAGUCCACCCACCGCAUCGGCGAGGCCAAGGGCGUGGUGUCGCUGCUGACGAUGGUCAUCGAGGACCUGAACGACGAGAUCGCGAACGACAUGAAGUCCGAGGAGGCCGCGCAGCUCGCGCACGAGGAGCAGAUGCACUCUGCCAGGGUGAUGGUUGCGCAAAACGAAGCCAAGAUCGUGUUCCUGGAGGGAGUUGUCGCGAAGACCGACGAGGAGAAGGCGGACGAGCUGGAGCUCAUGAGCCAUAAUUCGGAUCUCCAGAAGGGGGAGAAGACGUACCUUGGCGGCAUCUUGGCCGACUGCAAGUGGGUCUUCAAGGCCUUCUUCGAGCGGGCCGACAAGCGCGCCGCGGAGAUGGAGGGCCUGACCGCGGCGAAGGAGUACCUCGUGGGGUACAACCCGAACGCGGAUGUCGGGGCUGGCUACGUCGCCGAGCAGCUUCCGCAGGGAGCAGCACUCGCGCAGCAGGCGGCGCCCAGGUUCGACGACGAGGCGCUGUCCAGGCUCCGCUUCGGCCUCCGCCGCUGAGCCCUUCCGCCCCCCCGAGCGUUCGCAGGUCCCGGCCGGGCCUGUGUGUCGACUGUGGCUCGCGCGCCGCCGCACGCGAGGAGCGGCCGCCGCGCAGCGCCGUCGAGGCUCGUGCACGCCUUGCGCGCGCGAGCCCUCGGGCUCCUCUGCUCGCCGCCUGGCACCACCCCUCUGCGUGCAGGGCGCCCCAAGAGAGCUUCGCCCCCGCGGAGCCAAGGGGCCCCUCGCGCGCGCCCCGCGUGCUGGCUCCCUGGGCCUACUGCAAUCGAGCCGUUGCCAUCAAGAGCGCAACACACGGCGCAGAGCGCCUGGGUGCACGAGGAGGGCCAGAGGAACCGUUCCAAGAUGACCCAAGGAACAGCAAGCCCCUUCUGAAUCCAGGGCGGUCCUUGUUCCAGCGUCUGGGCUGCGGGCUGGCGCCUGGGGCUGCCCUCCCUCUCCGUGCAGGGCGCUUCGCCAGAGGGCUCCGUCGUCGAGGCCUCCGAGGAGUCGACACGUCGCCCUCUUGGCGGAAGCCCGCGGGGGGGGGCCAGCGGGGCACUGGCGGAAGUACUACCGGCGUGGAACUGGAUCGUCC